AGCGAUAACCUCGCUCGAAACCGGGCGAUGAUGGGUUUACGACGGACGGCUGCGCCGCGGCGACGGGCAUGGGUCAAGAUUUUGACGCUGGUCUCUUUGCUGGUGCUUGGAGGCACUUCUGUUGCAGCGGAGCGUAGCAUGUCCGCAGGCUCUAGACGUCGCUCCCUUGAAAAGCUCCGAGCAGCCGGAGACUCGAAGGGGCAGGCCGGCGGGGGGGCUGUCGUGGUCGUGGACGGGACCAAAUUCGACCGUUACAUCACGGGAGUUCCACGGCAGUACGAGGCGGUUGUCUUCUUCACGGCCGCCGGGGCCAACUACAAGUGCACCAGCUGCAGGGUGCACCUCGACGAGUUCACGACCAUGGCGGAGUCAUACCAGGCGGCGCGCGCCAACACCCCCGAGACGUUGAACGGCGUCGACGUCUACUUCUUCGUUGCCGACUUCGGCCAGAACCAGUUGCCGUUCCAAAAGCUGGGCCUCCAGACAGUCCCGAAGAUUCUGCACUUCCCCCCAGCGCUGGCGGAGGGGGACGACGGCCGCUACGCAAUAGACCAGUCCCAGCACAUGCACAUGGCUGGCCAGGUGAAGGCCGAAGACAUGGCGCGAUUCGUGAAGGAGAAGACCGGCGUGUCCUUCCCUAUCAUCAGGCCGGAGCCCCCGGUGAUGAUCAUCCUGGUGGGGCUGUUGGUGGUGGCCGCCCUCGCUAUCAAGCCUAUUCUCUCCAACCUGGGUGCUCUGCUCCGGGUCAUUCGAAACAAGUAUCUCUGGCUCGCCACAUCGUUGUUGGUGUACACGUUCGGUAUUAGCGGGGGCGUGUACGAUAUCAUCCGUAACCCCGCUCCGUUCAUGGUAAAGCAAGACGGGUUCAUCAUGUGGUUCCAUCCCCAGUCCAACGUGCAGUUUGUGGCAGAGGGGUUCAUCACCGGCAUCAUGACGCUCAUGUGCGGGUUGUCGGGCAUCCUGCUGGUUCAUGUGGCGCCCAAGUUGAGAAACAGUGGAUACCGACAAGUCGCGGUCUGUGUAUGCGGAGUGAUUUUCCUCAUGCUAUUUUCCAAGGUCAUGAGCCUGUACAAGUCAAAGAACAUGUGGUACCGCCCUGUCUUCUGAGGGAAUGGCUUGUGCUUCGGAGUCCUUGGGAAGGAGCUUCUUUCAUGAUACUCCGUAUGUUGCUUCUUGAAUUUUUGUCCGGAUCUUUCUUGACUGGCCCGAGAAUGUGGUGUGUCCCAUGCGACACCCGAUCCCGGCGUGUGUGCUGUCUGGGGCUGGAUUUGCACAUCGUGUGUGUGUGUGUUUUGUGUCUUGAAAGGACAUCUUCCACGCUCACCGGCUGUUCAAUGAGAAUACAUCCAAGUCUUGCUGGGUGUGUGUUGCGUGUGUGCACCGCCACGUGCGUGUCGCCGCGGCAAGUUUAUCGCGGCGGGAACCGGUUGAAUUCAUCCCAUGCAGUACAACCAUAACUUUAAGGCUUUGCUGCCGAUGCACCGUAGUUGCUCGUGACAUUCGCGUUCCACUUACGCGGAGAACCUAAGCAAUUCAAGCCAUCCCCGCCUCAUGGCAGCUUUGACGAUUUUCGACGUUCGACGUCGCCGCGUGAAGUCGGGGCAAGUUGACAAGCUUUUCUACGAGCAGUAUUUUGUGUUCGAGUUUUGCCCGCGGGCGCAUGAUGCAGGGGUAUGCAAGGCGCGUAUGGGUUUUGGGUAACUGCAGUCGGGAAUGACUUGCCGACUAUUGUAGGAAUCGCUGACGCGGGUUUCAGUCCCAGUGGGCCACCCUGGUGCACAAGACCGGUUGGACCUUGUGCUACGUUGUUUAAAUGGGCGUGUGCCGAGAUGGUUCCCAACGGUUUCCUAAAAGUUCACGGUUCGCCUGGAGGACAGUUCGUCCAAAAGCCAAGGAUAGCACACAAAGCCACAGGUUGUGUUUGGCGGCUACGUUAUCAUGAAACAGUUUCGGGUC